AGGCCUGGCCUAGGCUAGGCUAGCAGUCUGCCGGCGGCGCACACCACCACUCACCUUUCCCCUCCCGUCACGAGCGUUCCAGCAGCUUCAGACUCACAGCCGUGCGUGCGUGAGUGCGUGCCUGCGUGCGUGCGCUCAGUCAGUCGGGGGGUGUGCUGCUGUAUCCGAGGAUAAUGUGUUGUUGUUCUCAUGUGUAGAGCAAGAGCUAGCUGCUGGUUUCCGAUAGUAGACGAGAGCCGACGUCGUAGUCAUAGGGACCGGGCAGCCGAGCCUUUGACUCGCGUCCACGGGAAUUAAGUACAUACACCCGGAGAGUGAGUAAAAACGGGAGACACUUUCUACAUGACUGAAGUGUGUACGUUUCAACGAAACCCCAGAGGACGUGUGUGUAAAUCGAAGUCAGCUUAAGAAGGCAGCUGACAGCAAUACUUCCUGACAGGUGUUCAGCCAACCCACCUGGUUUGUCAUGGAAGCUUCCGGACUCUUCUACUUGUUUUUGAGUUCUUAACACGUUGCCGGAAAGUGGACUUUGAAUAGAAAGGUGUUUUAAUGUAAUUUGUUCAAGUUAAAACACUGAUCAUAAACUGUGGUUUGAUAUCUUACCUCUUUUCGUGGAAAGUAAAAUUGGUGAAUUUCUUUGAGGAAUGGUGCUUUGCAUUGCACACUGUGUGGAACCUCGUGAGUUCUUCAGACAGACAUGGGAUGAGCUUCAAGCUGAAGCAGUGAAUUUUCCUGAUUAUUGUUGACUGUUCACUCUACAUGGAACCCGAACUUUGGACUUCAUUGCUUUUUCCACCAUCAAUAAUUUCUGUUCGGAACAUCUUUGUGACUGAAACCCAAACCCGCAGCGAUUGCCCCUCGGUGGUGUGUAGCUCUCUCAGUCGCCUGGGAACUGUUCUAGUGACAUGCGCAUCAAAACAGAAGGUGUCCAUGGGAUUCCCGGCAGCAUGGAGAACAGUAGCCCCGUGAUGCACGAGACGCUCCCCCAGGGCAGGAUGGGACGCCUCAGGAAGGAGGCUACCUCGGGCCUCAGCGACAUCGACUCCUUGGGUUCUGCAGAUUCCAAUUAUAGCCAACCGUCCUCGGACAUCUCUUUAGAUGAAGAGAAGGAGGCGUUGCGGAGAGAGACUGAGAGGCAGGCCCUCACUCAGCUAGAAAAAGCCAAGACAAAGCCGGUAGCUUUUGCGGUGCGGACAAAUGUCUCCUAUGAUGGCUCCGUGGAUGAUGACUCACCGGUACACGGCUAUGCAGUAUCUUUUGGGGUCAGAGAUUACUUACACAUAAAAGAGAAAUUCAACAACGACUGGUGGAUAGGGCGCCUGGUGAAAGAGGGCUGUGAUGUCAAGUUCAUUCCCAGCCCAGCAAAACUUGAAAACCUCAAGACUCAGUCUGGUGGGGGUGGUCGCCAGGGCAAGCUCUACACUAGCAAAACAAAUUCAUCUUCCAAUAUCGACAACCUCUUGAAUUCUUCUAAACCAUCCAAUUCAAGGGGUUCCACACCUCCCACUCCUGCAGGCAUCGAGGAGACUCAGAAUGGUGUGGACAGCAAUGUGGGUGAGGACAGCGACAGUUUGGGCAACUCCAAGUCCAGCAAAGCUAGCAUCACGCCGCCCGCCAAGGAGAAACGAAAGCCUUUCUUCAAGAAGUCUGAAAGCACCCCUCCUUAUGAAGUUGUGCCUUCCAUGCGCCCGGUUGUCCUGAUUGGCCCAUCCCUCAAAGGUUAUGAGGUCACAGAUAUGAUGCAGAAGGCUCUCUUUGACUUUCUCAAGCGCAGGUUUGAAGGCCGAAUAAUAAUCACUCGAGUAGCUGCUGAUAUCUCCCUGGCCAAGCGUUCCUUGCUCAACAAUCCCAGCAAGAGAGCGAUCAUGGAGAGAACCAACCCACGGGCAUCUGGCUUAGCGGAGGUCCAGGCAGAGAUUGAGCGUAUCUUUGAGCUGGCCCGUGCCCUGCAGCUGGUGGUAUUAGACUGUGAUACAAUCAACCAUCCCUCACAGCUGGCCAAGACUUCGCUGGCUCCCAUCGUGGCCUAUGUGAAGAUUUCCUCACCAAAGGUGUUGCAGCGUUUGAUAAAGUCACGGGGCAAGUCUCAGUCUCGCAACAUGAAUGUCCAGCUGGUGGCUGCAGACAAACUGGCACAGUGUGCACCGGAAAUGUUUGAUGUGAUCUUGGAUGAGAAUCAGCUGGAAGACGCGUGUGAGCACCUGGCCGAGUUCCUGGAGGCCUACUGGCGGGCCACGCAUCCCCCCAACAUGAUGCCUCCCUCGCCCCACGCUCAGCACAGGCCGGGAGGCUCCGGCAUGGCCCUCAACCGCCACAACACACUGCCCGCCGGACACAUGUCACACAGCCGCUCAGGCAGUUUGGAGCGCGUCCACUCCCCGGACAGUGACCGUCACCACCAAGCGCGGGAGCACCACCACUCCUCGCACCACCACCACCACCACCACCACCACGACCGGCAGGCGGGAGGCGGCGGGGGCCGUCACCACGACGACGACGAUGACUACGACAGCGACCGUCAGCGCGGGGGUGGCGGGGAGCACCGGUCGGGGGACAGUGACCACCACCACUCCUCCCACCACCACCACCACCCCCACCACCACGCCUCCCCGCGGGGAGGUGGGGGAUCCUCCUCCUCCAAAUACCCUGUCCGCCACGGCAGUAUAGACAUAUAGCACCACCAGCGAGGGAUACAUUAUGCCACUCGCGUCACGUGACAGCGUACACCCCACUCCACCCUUCUGCUCCGAGUUACGGGGGGGGGGAGGGGGAGAUACAAACAAAGACCCCUUCCUGUCACAUUUUAGUGUGUAACCUGCCAUUUGUGAUGAGGGGGGUAGUACAACUGGGUUGCCUGUGACCGCCUGCAGUCUCCCCCCUCCCCCCCUCUCCCCCUUUAAAUGAUGCCUCCUUUCCUCUAGUGCCGGCCUGAACCUAAUAUUUCCCCACGUGUCUUCUCUCCCUGAAUUCAUGGAGAGAACUUUGCACAUGUGAGCAGCACUGGACCCCCGCAGCUCAACGUGAAUCAAAGAGGGAAGGAAGAAUCCUACAUAUAUUUGAUUCAGAUUCUUCAAUUUUGUUUAUGGUGGUCUUUAAUUAUUAUUUUUUUGUUUUAAUAAUGGACUGCAACAGAGGGAGUCAGAGCCGAAUAAAUGUGCGUUUCUGGAGGAAGCCGUGGAAAGGACAACAGCUCUGACUGACAAUUGGGGGGCUCUUGGAAAGGGCAAGAAGAAGCAACGUACACAAGUUAUUUCCUACUGGAUUAUUGUUGACACCCAGCAUGUCGUCGUUGCAUAUUUCAAGGUUUUCAGAUUGAUUUAUUCCAAAGUGGAUGGGGUAUUUUUUUUCGGGGGUGGGGCUUUUUUUGUGUGAAUGUGCUCUUGCACCUGGGAAUCCACUUUGCCCCCCCUCCCUCGUCUUUUUCUUUUUUUUCUUUUCUGCCUCUUUCGUAUUUAUACAACUUGAGCUUUUGAAAGCGAAUGUGCUGCUUUUGAUCAAAAUGGCGAUUUCUUAUGUGAAGGAAUGGAUCACUGUUACAAUCCCAGGAGAUUUGAUAUGCAUUAUUGCGCCUUACAUUUGCCAGCACUGCAGACUCGUCAUUUCACCGUCAGAAAGAGUUCUGGAGGCUGUUUCUUUGUUUGUGCGUGUAACUCGGUGUAUAAGCAUGUGUUUGUUGUAUUGCAGGAUAUAAAACCCCGUUGAGAUGUCUUGCUUUGGCAUGCAAUGUAAAUGUAUGUGAGUGUGUGUGUGUUUGUCAGAGCAGCAAGAUGUACAGCCCAUAUGAAGUAUCAUGUCUUGUGAAUCUGGUUCUCGUGAAGCUAUGGGGGAGUAAUUUGUUGUGAUUAUUGCCAGGUUGUGGGUGGUUUUCUUAUGAGGGUUGUUUCUUUUUAGGUAGGGGGGGGGGGAUACUUGCUUGGAUGGAGAACCAAAAAUCUGGUCAACAUUUCUAGUCAGUGUUGUCAUUUUGUAUUGCUUUCUGCAAGGUUUUGAGUUGAGAUUUUUUUUUUCUUCUCCUAAUGGACCUUUUGCUCUUUCUGAUGGUCUUUUUGGCCGAUUCAUGACAAUAUAUAUAUACAUACUCUGCUGUGGAAAGAUCAGAUCUGAUUUUGUGAAUGAAUCUCACAAUCUCUACCAUGGAGUGGGAGAAUCUGAUCUGUUUAAUGAAUCUCCCUGCUCACGAGUAAUGUUGAAGUCUCCUGAGUACAAGUAUGCGUGUGUCUUUUGGUCUUUGGAAACUGUCAUAGCAGGGUUUUUUUUAUAUUCAGGUGUAUUCUGUAAACGUAUAGCUUUAGCUUUUCCCUAUGCCAUUACAUCAGAGGUGCAAAAACGUAUGAUCUUCCCAAUAGCACUAUUUUUAAAAUUUAAGGUUGGUCUUUUCCUGCCAAGGUGUGAAGCAGUUAAAGAGGAAUGAUAUAAAGAACACAGGAAAGAAAGUUAUGCUAUAAAUCAUAUUUUUUGUGACGGGUGUUGGAAAGAAAAGCAUCAGACAUUCUUCAAAUGUUUUAACUUAUUUAAGUUAUAAGAUGAUGUUGUUCCCGGGCCUCCUAAAUGAACUAAAUUAUUUUCAAUGACGGAAGCUAAACAUUUCCACUAUAUAAAUAGUAAGCAGAUGGACUUGUACUGUUCUUUUUGGCUUCACUUUCAUGUGACACAUACCUUAAUAAUUUUCAAAGUUGGCCAUGUACAAGUUGUGUAACUUGUUUAAUGUUCAGGCACACUUUAACCCCUCCUCAUAUGUAUAUGUAUCUGAAAAAUCGUGUGUAAGAUUUCAGUAUUGGGGUAUAAUACCCCAGAGAACAGACAUCCAGACUACUUCUGUAUUGGGGUAUAGUGCCCCAGAGAAGAGACAUCCAGAUGUGAGCCCUCGUCCUGCCAGACCUGUUUGUUCAUUUCUCUACUGUGCAAUAUUCAGCAGCUUGCUGCUUUGUUUUGUUUGGGCAACCUUCAGUACUAAUGUUCCCAUAUAUAAACACAUCGAGUGCAAUAUUAUUGAUUUUCCAAGUGGUGCAUUUUAUGCUUGAUCUGUAGGCUGUCUUUUGUUGUGUUCGCCAUUGUCGUUUGGCUGAAUUUGAGAUUGUAUUCACAGCAAGUAGUCUCAGCACUGAUCUCUUGGUCCCUACCUUCAGUGAUAUAUUAUAUUUAUUUUGACCAUGUUUUACAGAUAUUUAGCUUGUUUGGCUAAUAAUAGUGUGAGGAGUUAUCCCGUGCCCUCAUACUCAUCUGAUAUUUUGAUUUAGAAGUACAAAGAGUGUGCUUGUCUCAGGUAGUGUUUUUUUCUUCAGUAAUCCACAGGCAUGUUGUGUACAUUUCCCCCCGCUCACAAGUAAUGCGGGCAUUACUUGUUCUAUUUUGCGUGCCCCCUAGUCAGCUCCCUUUGAGUUUUGUUUUUGUUGUGUACAUUUUGGUUUUGAGUGAUAAAGAGUUUCUGUAUUUGAUUUUGUUGUUCCCUGAGUAUGAUCUUUUCUUUUGCGUUGUGAUUUUUUUGUUGUUGGUGCCAGCUACUUUUCCUUUUUAGCGGAGAUGUUAGCUUGAAGGGUCACUGAUAUCCUGGCUUUUACUCAUUAGUUUCUUUCCAAGGAGAGCGUUGUUGUUUUUUUGUAGACGAUUUUCUCUUUACAAGACAAUCCUGUCUAGUCAUAAUCAACUCCCUGUUUAACGGCAUUGUCAAGUGAAGCCAGUCUACCAAAGCCGAAGGAUUGGUUUUCCUCUGGUAAAUGUUAAUGACGAAAGUAAUGUACUAAGAUUUUGGAUAUUCAGAAUCUGUUUAUUUAUCAGUAUAACGCUCCCACUUUUUUGUCACAGUAGGUGUAGAAUAUUGGUCAAGUGUUGCUAAGGUUUUUACAUUUCCCAUUGACCUUUGAAUUUUCCUUUGCUGUCGGUUCAUUACACUGUCGGUUGUCUAGUGCUGAGACUUUUUCUGUUCUAGUCAGCUGGAUUGUCAUUUAUUUUCCUUAUUUUUAAUGUGGCAUUUUGAAAGUAAAUUCCACCACCAUCUUGUAUGGGCUCAUUGACCUGUGUGCCACAGUGCUGGCCCCUCAGUCCCCUCCUCUUCAAGCGGUCAUCGCCUUCUCCCCUUGCUUCCCUCUUGCUCUUUGUAGGUCCACAAACAUCUGAGGUAAAACAUGUGUUUUUUUGUGAGAGUACAAGGGUGACUGUUUCAUAUCUGCUCCAUCUUUUAUAUGUGGCCUUCCCAAACACUUUUUAUUAUAUUGUAGGAUUUUUGUUGUAACUUUACCUUUCAGGAACUCUUUCUUUUCUAAAUUUAAGAGGACUUUGUAGAUUGAAGAGAUGGGUGGAUAUGAACAUAAUUCUAUUUUCAAGUAUUUAGAAGAGAUUUUUUUUAGACUGUCUGCUUCCACAAGAUUAGAAUCUAUGGGUUUGAACAUUUUUAUUUUUUCCUAACAUCUCAUCAACGAGUGUCAAAAGUUAUUUCAGGUUUGUAGUUGAAAAGGUUUAUUUUUCAAAUGAAUAGCAGGGAAUGUUUCUGUAAGUUAUAGCUCUGAUGUCUUUACAACUUGCCUGGGAACCUCCAGUUUUCUUGCAUUGUGGAGGGAAAAAACUGUAAUGGUUCUUCAACAUGCUGCACCUCACUGUCCAUACCCGUUUUGAGUAUGUGGUGUUCCCAGUUAAAUUUAACGAACUAUUUGGAGGUUACACUUUUAAGGUGUUGCUAAAGCGCAGAAAUGUAACUGACUCUCAAGCGCAGAAGUAAAUAUUAUAUAGUCAAACUGUUGGGUUUUUUGGUUGUUGUUGUUUUGUUUUUUUUAUUCAUUUUUGAAGCUCAUAGAUCUUUUGUACCUGGAUGAGUGCAAGAAUAAGAUCUCUGGGAAUUGUCAUGUUAGACCAGAUGCUCAUUUACUGAUACUUUUCUGUACAUACACAUUGGAAGGGAGUAGGACUGACUGCCAUUUGAUUUUCUGGCGCCAAGUUUUAAUUUGCUCUGAAGUGUAUUCUUUGCUUUAUAUGAAACGGGUAAUAUGUCAUAGCUCAGCUUAAGCUUAAGACGACUGUUGCUUUUCCUGAGGGGGACGGGGGGAGGAAGAUGAUGGUAGGUGAGAGUAGAUUUGAAAAGGAAAUGUGGAAACUGGUGAAGGAAAAAAAUAAA